AUUUCUACAAAUGAGGGACUCAAAGUCCGAUGACCAACUCCAUUGAUGGUUCAAAACCCCACAUUUGAGGAUAAAGAAUUGCUGAAUGUGUGCCAAUGGCUGUUGGCAUAUUCUGAUUCUCAGGAAUUAUUACGUUUGACACAUCAACGUGUUUUUCCACCGGCUGUGUUCAUGGAAACUUCUCAUUUGCAUUGUACUGCUAAUAUUGUUGAUGAUACAUGUCAAUACUAUGAUGAGAGUUUUGUGCUGGAAGAUUUGAAUGAUGAGAUCAGGCUUAAGACUAUGUAUUGGAAUUCGCUGCGUGCUGCUAUCUCUGUUAGACUCGGAGCCGCACAUACCAAGCUGUAUCAAAUCCCAGGGGCGGUCCCACACAUUUCACUAGCCAGGGGGCCCACUGAUAAAUGGAGAGAUUUGGGUCCAAUCGUUAAGGAAUGGGAAUCUGGUACUGAUUGGAUUUGCACAGACGACCCGUGGAUUGAGUAUUCCCCAAAACAUGACGUGUUUAAGUACAGUAUUGACUGGUCGGUUCAUGUACUGCGGUCUCUGACUCUCACAGGCAAUGAGGACUAUGUUAACCCUGUUACUGGCCCAGAGUUCUCAUUUUUCAGUCAUAUUUCUGAGCUCUUCGACGCGCUAAAAACAGUACCGCAAAUACUGUGGGCAGCUCACAAAUAUGACGUAGGGUUAAUCCGCUCUGCGGAGCUGGUGGUUAUCACUCCUAAGUCCACGUUCCGUCCAAAUCAACCCCAGUACCCACUUAAACGUGAAGCUGUUGAUGGCAUAAGGCCAGUGUUUACCUCUCUGCUUAAACAAGGGGUCAUUAUUCCGUGUAACGAUUCCCCUGUCCGCACUCCAGUGUUUCCUGUCAAAAAGAUCAGGGACAAACCUCCGGACGAGUGGAGAUUUGUCCAGGAUUUGCGAGCUGUAAAUGCAGCAGUGCACGCCCGAGCACCGCUGGUGCCAAAUCCUUAUCUGAUUAUUUCUCAAGUCCCAGCCUCGGCAGCAUUUUUUACUGUCAUUGACCUCUCAAAUGCAUUUUUCAGUGUCCCAGUACACAAAGACAGUCAAUUCUGGUUUGCAUUUGAAUUUGAUGGCAAACCUUACACAUUCACUCGUUUAUGUCAGGGCUACUGUGAAUCUCCUACUGUGUACAAUCAGGCUUUGUGUACAAGUUUGGCUUCUCUCCAAGUCUCGAAAGGCACUGCUCUAAUACAAUAUGUGGAUGACAUCAUGAUUUGCGCACCCACAGCAGAGCAAUGUGAGGCUGAUAGUAUUGCUUUGUUAAUGCACCUCGCAGCCGAAGGCCACAAGGCCAGUUUGUCUAAACUUCAAUAUGUACAAAGAACAGUUACAUUUUUGGGUCACAUCAUUUCAGGAGAGGGAAAAACGCUUUCAGAUAAACGUAUUGCAUCAUUGGCAUCUCUGCCAAAACCUGUCACUAAGCGACAGAUGAUGUCAUUUUUGGGUUUUUGUUCAUAUUGCAGGUCGUUCAUUCCAAACUAUUCUCCAAUCGAGUUGCCACUGCGUACUAUUACGUACGUCACUUGUUUGAAACCUACAGAUCACCUUAUAUGGACACCGGAAGCCGACAAAGCCUUCAUUAAUAUGAAGCUGGCUCUCCAAUCCCCACCGACUCUAAGUCUACCUGAUCACACUAAACCUUUCACUCAAGCAGUGGAUGAACGAAAUGGGUGUAUGACCUCAGUUCUUCUUCAAGAUCAUGGAGGAAAACAGAGGCCUGUUGGCUAUUUUUCCUCCAAGCUAGAUCCUGUAGCUGCUGGCCUGCCUAAAUGUCUACGUGCAGUGGCUGCUGCUGAAAAAGCGCUCAACUCCUCACGUGACAUUGUGGGAUAUACACCUUUGACCCUGUUAGUUCCACAUGCUGUUUCACUCAUCCUCCUUGAACAGAGAACAUCACACCUCUCUGCUGCACGUUACCUUAGGUAUCACACAUGCCUGUUAGAUAUGCCUAAUGUUUAUGUCAAGCGAUGUAACACUCUGAAUCCAGCAUCUCUUAUGCCUUUACCUGAGGACGGUGACGAACACGACUGUGUUGCCAAACUUUCCAUUGUGUGCACACCUAGACCGGACUUAAAAGACGUUCCUCUGACCAACGCUGACCUCAUUUUGUAUGUUGAUGGGUCUGCCUGUCGCGACCAAGGGGGCACUAAUCGGGUGGGUUUUUCUGUUGUUUCAGAUUCUGCUGUACUCCGUUCUGGACCACUCCCAUGUCACCUCUUGUCUCAAGCAGCAGAGCUGAUCGCACUAACUGAAGCCUGCACGCUUGCAAAAGGCAAAACCGUGACUAUUUACACUGACUCACGAUAUGCUUUUGGGGUAGUGCACGAUUUUGGGGCUAUUUGGAAGUGUAGACAAUUUCUGAAAUCUGAUGGCAAACCAGUACUUAACCAUGUACUGGUUGCAGGCUUACUAGACGCCAUUCUGCUCCCAUCUGAAGUUGCAGUCUGUAAAUGUGCCGCACACGCAAGCAGUACAGACCCAGUUUCCCUAGGAAAUCCAUCUGCUGACUCAGCCGCAAAGGCAGCUGCUCUGAUUCCUCUCACACCUCACGCACACUCAUUUUUUUAAAUCCCUGUCUCCUCCUUCACUGACAAAAUGUCAUCACUG